GCCUCCCCUUAACUACUCCACGCCUGGCUGCGCCAAGGAGGGGGAUGUUUCAGAAAGACCCCGGCAAAUAAAGCCCCAAAUACCCGUGACGUGGUUCCACAACCUGGAAGUGACAAAGGACAAAGCCAAGGAACCAAAAGGAGCGCGAUGCGGGUUUGGUUUUACGGAACACAAGGGCCUCCUCUAAGCAAGCCAGGACUGGCUCACCUGCGUGUUGUUACCGGGGCAGGUAACCGGGAGAUUCUUUGCCCAAGAGGCGUUAGGGUGCUGCUGGAGCGCGCUGAAGCUCCCUAGGGGCCGAGAGACGCCGUGCAUUCAGCCGUACGAACUGUCAGGGCUUAGGUUUCCCUUUGCGAGAACUUUCUGUAUUGGUUGGCAGCUUCUCCCCAGCUUCCACCGCGAUCUGCGUGCUCUCUGCGGCACAGCUAUGAUGGGAUUGCAAACCCUCGCUGCAAGCGGACGAGGACGAUUAGUGGCGUUCUCGGAGUGGGGGUUCCGCGGGGAGCAGCCCGCUGAGGCUCGAGCUCCGGAUAAGCUUCCCAGCCCUCCAGCUGACCACGUGGUGAGUUCAAGUCCUAAUCCAAUAGCACAAGGGAAGUCACACCAGCCCUGAGCCUCGAAGAUGGUGUCACAGUCUGCGGGCCGGCAGGACUCUCCUGUGGACCCCUGGGAAGGGGUCAGCGAUGACCCCGGCGACAUCGAUGGUUCACCCAGCCUCCUGGACGCGGACCACCCCUCCUGCCCAUCAGACAUCAGGUUCACGAGGCACAGAGCUGCCUGGAUUAACCUCCAGUGUGUGCAGCCGCAGCUGCAGGACUCGCCCCCCCAGAGCCACAUUGCGGGGGACACUGCCUCUCCCUUGGGCCCUUCACCACUCUCUCUCGGGGACUCUGUGGCAGAGACGUCAUUGUCGAAGGGCGCUGUGGACUCCACAGGCAGCUCCUCUGCCCGGGGCUCAGCUGACAAGGGCAGUGACUUUUCUCUUACCUCAACGGAAGAGGGGGCAGGGCUGCCAGGAUGCUGUCCUCGGACGUCUCUGUUCACAGCCUCCAAGACUGUGGCUGCUCCCCCGUGUCCUAAGGCUGACCGUGCUUUUUUCAAGCCUUCCCAGCUGACAGCUUCCGCUGAUGCAGGUGCUAUUCAAGUCGGCGGAAGAACCGUUUCUUCAAAUGCCUUCUCACCAGAGGCAUUCGUGCUCCCUGUGGAUGUAGAAAAGGAAAAUGCCCACUUUUACUUUGCAGAUAUGAUUAUAUCAGUCAUGGAGAAUAUGAAGUGUAAUAUUCUGAGUCAACAGCACGCAGAGACCUGGAGUACGGGAGAGGCCAGUGGGUCGCCCGGAAACGAGCAGAUGGACUCGGAAGUGACCUUUUAUUCCCACACAAAGCAGGAGUCUGGGUCUUCCACGUCGUCGGACAGUGGCUAUGAAGGUUGUGCUGUGUUACAGGUCAGCCCAGUGGUUGAAACACCUGCUUACUGUGAUGGGAUGAAAGAGGACUGCAAAUGUGACUUGGAUGACUUUGUUAUCGUAGAACUGGGAGAUUUCAGCAAUGCCACAGAGACGUGUGGGUGUUCCUCCGGCUCCUCUAAGAGUGUCGUUUAUGAGCCAAACUUUAAUUCUGCUGAGCUAAUAGCCAAAGAGUUAUACCGCGUAUUCAAGAAGUGCUGGACGCUGUCAGAAGUUAAUUCUCAGUUGGCGGCCUCCCUGAAUGCAGCUAGCUCCAUAGUUGUAAAUGAAGAGUGUGUCCAGAAAGACUUUGAAUCCAGCACGGAUGUAGUACAGGAAAUUAAAUUGAAGUCAAGGAUCAGAGAGACUGGAGACUGGGCGCCCCCUAGGUUUCAAAUCAUAUUCAAUAUGCAUCCACCACUCAAGAGGGAUCUCAUGAUAGCAGCCCAAAAUUUUUUCUGUGCUGGCUGUGGAACUCCGAUAGAACCUAAGUUUGUGAAGCGGCUCCGGUACUGCGAAUACCUGGGCAAGUAUUUCUGCGACUGCUGCCACUCAUAUGCAGAGUCCUGCAUCCCUGCCCGGAUCCUCAGGAUGUGGGACUUCAGGAAGUACUACGUCAGCAAUUUCUCCAAAUGGCUGCUGGACAGCAUAUGGUACCAGCCCGUCUUCAAUCUGCUGCACAUCAGCCACAGCCUGUAUACGAAGGCCAAGGAGCUGGACAGAGUGAGGGAAAUCCAGGAGCAGCUAUUUCAUAUCAAGAAGCUGUUGAAGACCUGCAGGUUUGCUGAAAGCACCUUGAAGGAGUUUGAGCAGGUGCCGGAACACUUGACAGAUGAGCUCCACCUGUACUCCCUGGAGGACCUGGUCCGGGUCAAGAAAGGGCUGCUGGCGCCCUUGCUUAGGGACAUUCUGAAAGUUUCCCUCGCGCACGUGGCCAGCUGUGAGCUGUGUCAAGGAAAGGGCUUCAUCUGUGAAUUUUGCCGGAGUACAGCUGUCAUCUUUCCGUUUCAGACCACAACAUGUAGAAGAUGUUCAGUGUGCAGAGCUUGCUUUCACAAGCAGUGCUUCCAGUCCUCCGAGUGCCCCCGCUGUGCGAGGAUCACGGCAAGGAGAAGACUUCUGGAAAGUUUGCCCUCUGCGGCAACGUGAUGCCCUUGACCAUCGUGAGAAAGACUGUGAAACACGCGUUAUGAUCACGUCGUUUUUGUGUCUCCUAUUGAUAACAUUGUUUUAUUAUUGACUGUUGUCCAUUAAGAAAAAAGAUGGCCAAUAUUCUCUUUAUUAUAUAUAUUUAAUAUUUUAAAAGAAUGCAGAUUCUUUGUUAUUAAGCAUAGGGUUGUUACUGGUGAUUUUGUUUACACUUGUUCAAUGUUUUUGCUGCUACAGGUUUUUUUUUAAGGGUUUUUUUUUUUGAUACUUCUUAAAUUGUAUUUGCAUGGUUGUAUUUAGCUAAUGGUGGAGCCUAUUUUUUAUGAAUUGUAACUGACAAGAUGAAUUACUGAGUUCCUCUUCCCGUAAAGCUUGCUUUGUGGAAGGGAUUGGUACUUUCAAUGAACAAAAAUGCAACCAAAAAUCUGUGUGCUCAGGCUUUUUUUUCUGACUUAAAUUCCAUUUUGUAAUUGUAUCAGUCUUACAGAUUUUACUUAUCCCAAGGUUUGUAUAGAGGGUACGUGUUACUCCUCUAGUUACAUGUGUCAAGAUGAGUUUGAGUUGCUUAGCUGUGCAUGGAGGUGCCGUUUGAAAUAGUUGCCUCUAGAUGUGCUCUUUCAGACGGCACAAAUCAAACCUGUAUUUGUCAUCUCUAUUCCACAAAGUCAAGGGAUGCAUGAGUGAAUAGAACUUUAUCCCUGCCCAUCAGGGUUUUUGUCUCACAGAUAUAAAAUCGACCAUAAGAUAUGUGAAGACUUAAAUACGCUGUGGGGAAAUGCUGUUAAUGAACAAUGUGGUUCUAGUAAUAACUUUAAAAUCACAGAUAUCCCAUUAACAGGGUUAAGUGAAUCACUAAACCUUUAUGAAUUUCUUUUUCCUAAUAUUUCUCCUAUUUACAUGCUUUCUUGAAACAUGUGAGCUUACUUUUUCUUCUACCUCCUAUAUACUUUCUCUUCCUUGAGAAAGGGCCCAGGCACUGGGUCCCUUCUUGGCACAUCUUUAGUCUGGAACAUGGUGUCAUAUCCCUGGGAUUCUCACGUCCUAAGUAAACCUACUCGGAAUGAACUUGUCAGACAGCACAGGCAGGCAGUAAAGUAGGACAGGUCAUUCCCUUACCCCAUCCAGUCAUGUGUGUGUGUGUGUGUGCAUGUGUUUCAUUCAGUGGGAUGCUAUUGAGUACUUGCAAGAAAUGAGUGUCUCCUAUCAAUCUGAUGUCUUCUCAUCCUAUCAAUUGUUUGCCUGUCCCAGAUGCCUCUGCUGGAGCUAUGCCCCCAUUCAUUAUUUAAGCUAGGUCUCUUUUAUUUUUUAUUUUUUUAACUAAAAAAAAAAUC